GGAGGAGGGAACACAUGUGAAACAUCAAAUGUAAAAGACAGAGGAUGCAACACGCAGGAGAAACACAGAGAAACACAUCCAGCUACUAAGAAUGAGUGAAACUCCAAAAGAGCUCGAGCCUCAGCUAUCAGUCCAGCCAUCGUCACAGCCAGAACCUGAGAGGGGCCUACAGCCUCCACCACUGUUUCAGCUGCUACUCCCCACCCAAGGUCCCUCCUACACCCACCAACAGAGCCAGCUCCAGUCUGAGCUCCAGUUGUCUGAGUCUAACCCCGAGCACCAGCGCCAGAAUCCUCAGAGGAUAAAUCAUCAAAGGCGGCUUCUCCUCUUUUUUGGUUUCUCCUUGUGUGCUUCUUUUUGGGGGCUUAUUUACUAUAUGCAUCAUAAUCUUCAAAAUAAACACACUAACCAGGCAAGCAAAGCGACUCCAUGUCUCUCCCCGGCCUGUCAGUGGGCCUCAGCCCGUCUGUCCAUGUCUGCUGAUCCCUUCACGCAGCCCUGUGAUUACUUCUUGUUCACAUGUGGCUCUGGCAGACUUUCAGCAGACAGCGGGGUGAGGCAGAGAGGUCAGGGCAUCCCUGGACACUCGCAGAACCCGAAGGAAAAGCCUGUUUGGCCAGGACGUAGUAAAGAAGACAGAGAAUUGACAGAGGAGAAAAUACUGGACAGAAAAACUAUGCUGCUGCAGUAUCUCAGGGAGAUUUUGGAAUCAAGUGACAAACGAGAAAGUUCAGCAGUGCAGAAGGCCAAAGGAUUUUACCGUUCCUGUUUGGACACCAAAUCUAUAGAGACUGCUGGAGCAGAGCCCUUCCUCACACUCAUCCAGAAACUGGGAGGCUGGGCAGUGUCAGGCCAGUGGAAUCGGACUGAUUUCAACUCCACCCUGAGCAUACUCAUGAGAGACUACGCCACUUUUCCAUUCUUCAACCUCUACGUGGGCAAAGACCGAAAUGAAAUUGCCCGCGGGACGACCAAACGAUACAUACAGAUUGAUCAGCCUGAUCUGUUGAUCCCGAUUGAAUGGAACAGCAAGACCUUGAAGUCUCAAGCUAAAACUCAGACGCUACGUCCGUUUUUGGCAUCAUGUCAGAGGUACUUGGCGCUGUUGGGGGCCCCGGACAGCAGCAGCAUGAUCCACGUGGGCACGUUCAUCUCUCUGUCGUCUGAGCUCGCUGUGGCUGCUGCACCUCUGCAAUAUCGCCUGUCGAAGGGGCAGCUCUAUCAGCGCAUGACCAUCAGAGAGCUGCAGAUCCAGGCCCCUGCCAUUGAUUGGCUGGGCUGUCUGCAGGCUGCUUUCCAUCCACUGCCUCUCAGCGAAGACGAUCAUGUCCUUCUGCAUAACUCACAUUACAUUGUGCAAAUGUCCCGCAUCAUUGGCAAAUGGCUGAACAAGCACGAGCUGAGCACCAGCGGCCCCGUUCACACUUACAUGGUCCUCAAUCUGCUGCACACCCUGAUGCCUGCUCUCGACUCCAGGUUUUCUGAAACGGAGAAGAAUUUGUCUGUGGCUCUGGGUGACACUGAAGGGGUAGCCCCUCGCUGGAAACGCUGUGUGUUAGACACUGAGAGAGGAUUUCACUCAGUUCUUACACACCUCCUCAGUGAAAGGACAGCUCACAAAGAGGCAGAGGAGAUUAUUCAAAAUAUCUUUUCCUCCUUCAAAUCCAAAUCACAUGAACUUAAGUGGACAGAUCAGAAGUCUCUCCAGACUGUCAUGAAAAAGGUUCAGUCUCUAAUCCCAAGACUUUGGACUACAAAAGAGUUCUCCAGUGAACUUGAGCUUGACCUGCUUUUUUCCAAGGUGACGAUCAGUACACGUGGCUUCUUCUCCAACUACGUCCAGCUGCUGUCCUUGUGGCAAAAGAGACGCAGUCAGCUCUUGACUGAGCAGGCUGAGGCUGCUGAUAUUCUGUCUGUCACACCAUUUCUUCUGGGUAAUGAAAUCCUCUUUCCCAUGGGAAUGUUUGUCCCCCCUCUCUUCCAUCCAACCUAUCCCAGGGCAGUGAAUUAUGCUGCAGUGGGUUUCCUUAUUGCCAAAGAUAUCCUCCACUUGAUUCUGCCUGACAUUUACUCUCAGAGUGAGACUGUGCGUGCUGUGGGGGAAUGUGUGUGGGCUCACUACCUCACUGUGACAGAAAAAGCAGGCCGAGGUGGAGUGUUUUCUCUCUCAGCGGCGCAGCAGCAGGAGGUGUGGGUGCAGUACUCUGCACUGCAGAUAGCACUGCAGGCUUAUCAUCGGAGUCUAAAGAAUCAUCCGAGUGACACAUCCAUCUCAGGACUAUCACACACUCGUCUGUUUCUCACAUCUUUUUCCCAGGUUAAUUGUGACUUAGACCCAUACCGUGAAUUCAUGCCCUUGGAGCCUUCCUUCUUGAUUACAGUGAUUUGUGCCAAAUCUGACCUCUGUCCUACAAGCUUGCAGUGCCUCAAUAAAACCCAGCAGCAUUCAUUAAAAACCUGCUGAGUACACUCCACAAAAGACCGGCAGGUUUGUUUUUUAUAUAUAUAUAUAGUUGUUAAUUAUUAUGAAUUGUCGGGGAAAACGAUCCACUUGGUGCUUCAGAAAUUAGGCACACUGUUGAUGUUUACAAACUGUUGCUACAAGGACAAUUUAUUAUAACAUAAUUAUGGUGAGAAUACCUACAGUAUGUACAGAUAAAAACAGUAGCAUUUUUGUAUCAGUUGUUGUUAUUAAGAAAUAGUUGGACUUCCAUAGAUUGCACAAGCUGUUACAUAUUCAUGUCUU